AGCGUCGCCACACCCACCGUCAUUCUCGGUUCGCGUGGGUUCUGUCAUGCAUGGACUGCGGUUUUUAAAGGCUCUUUGAAAUAACUUUUAGAAAUAACAAGAGAGCACAUCCACCUUUGGCUGACAUUUCCCAGCAUUAUCUUGCCGUAGUGUUUGAAGAAAGGUUCCGAAGAUGUUGCAGGAUUGUUCUCCGUCGCACGACUGGCUUUGCGAGUCCGAGCCGCUGCUUUUUGACGACGAGUUUUGCCAGAGUCUCAUGAAGGACUUGCAGUCCAUCCCCACGCCGCCUCAGUCCCCUCCGAUGAAAUCGGGGUAUGGAAAGUCUCUGUCCACCGUGGAUCAGUUGGAGUUAGUAUCCGAACUUUUAAUGGAAGAUAGCGACUUUCUCCGUCUGGACUGGAAUUGUGAUUUUACCGGCGCAAGCAUCGCUGCAGCCGCAGCGGCGGACGACCCGCUCUCGGAAGACUGCCUGUGGCACACUGACGGAGAUAAACCGAACGAGGAUAAACUGGCAUCGGUCCUCUCCACGAGUCCCUUGCUCUCCGAUAUUGACACUCAGAUAUUUGCCGAAAUCGCCGGCUCUACGCUGGAUUGCCACAUUGUGGCGCUCGCUUGCCAGGCUUUGGAGAGUGAGGAUUUACCCCUGGACAGCCAGGAACUGAUUGAGUCAACAUCUGAUUAUGGUUCACUGUCCAAUGGAGGAGAAUCAUCUACAAGUGAUUCUGAGGAGGAAAUUGACGUUGUGACGGUCAGGCGGUCGAGUACACUAACACGGUCGCAACACCAGCAACAGUUGGAGGAAACCCGCCAGGAUCAGCAGCGUGCUCUCAAGCGCUGUCACUUUGAAAUUCAACAACAGCAUAACUACGCCGCCCCGCGGCCCGCCUCUCCGCCUCCCCCGCCCUCUCCUUGCGCCGCCGCCCCUCUCAAACGCUCCCGAGCGGCCGGAGAGUCCCACCGGAACGCGCACAGUUCAGGGCGCUCUCGCACCCUCGCAUCUCGGCAGAGUGCGGACACCGAGGACGAGGAGGAAAAACGGCGCACACACAAUGUAAUGGAGAGGCAAAGGCGCAACGAGUUAAAGAACUGCUUCCUCAGGCUACGGGAUAAUGUCCCUGAACUGUCCAGCAAUGACAAAGCUUCGAAAGUCGUCAUAUUGAAGCGAGCAAAAGAAAGCAUCAGGAAUCUGGAAUCUGAGAGUCAGAGACUUGCUCAGAAGAGAGACAAACUUAGACAAAGGCAAGAACAGCUGAGAGCCAGACUUGAACGGCUCAAGAGAUUGUGAAUGUCUGAGACCAAACUUUGCCAGUUUGGGCACCAGAUGACCGACCGCAAUGGAGGCGCUGCAAACUUGCAGAUCUUGUGACUGGCUGUAAAGAAAAGACCUCAGAUCUCUGAGGAUAUUCAGGAUUUGUCUGCUGUUUGUUUGUUUAGAAACACGCAUGGUCAAUGCAACAAAUGUUCUCAGUGGCGUGACUUCGCUCUGACAAAAUCUUGUUCUUGAGACUUAAUAUAAACAUUGUUUCAUAUACUGUAUGUUUGAAGAGUAAUUGCCAGUUAACAGCCAAAUAGUUAGGCAAAUAACUCUAGAUUGUCAUCAUACAUUCUACCUUUUUGUUGGCAUACAUGCGUGUUGUGUGGUUUUUUUUUCUUCUCCAUUUCGUAAUAUUUUGGGCUGGAUCCAAAUUUUUUAUUUUUUUAAGGUUGGAUGUAAUUUAUGUAUGAUUACAUUUCCAUAGGGCUUAAGUUUGCGUUCAGUGUUGCUGUUCAAACUGGAAUGACUAAAUCGGAUUUAAUGCAUAGUUUGUCAUGUUGAGGGAAUCACACUCGUUUUUGGCUCCAUGUGUCUUGUAUUUCCUCUGUAUUGUGUGUUUCCAAUAAUUUGUUUUUUUUGUUUGUUUUUUUUUUAAAUAUCUACCUCUACCAGGAAUAAACCUGGCUAUUUUAUUGCCUUCAUAAUGGCAACUAUAUAGAACAUUUAGGUUUUUUUUCCUCAUGUAAAUACCUCUUGUUAAUUAUGUAUCAUAAAUUAUUUAGGCUUUUUCUUUAGGUGCAUUUGCAGGUUUUGGGGAAAAAAGUUUUUGUUCUUUUUCAGCUGCACUUUGAUUUUAUAAAGUAAUAAAGAAUAGGCAAGAUAACAUGUUUAGUGGUAAGAAUUUACUUUUUUUUUAUUUGCACAAUAUUGCUUAAACCAUAAGAAUAAAAACAUUUUAGAGGAAGUAGAGACUUAAAGGUGUGUUUUUUUUUAGCAAGUAACAUUUUUGGUACAAAGGUAUUUUGGGAGUUGCACAAGGCUAAAACCUUUGAAGAAAAAGAAUGUCAGUUGUGAUGUAAUUCAGGUAAGGGGGUGGUUAGUUGUUAUUUGUUUAAAGUCUAAAGGGCUUGAUUGCAGUGGGUCAAUAAAACAAUACGAAUACCAACUUUGCUUGCUUGUUAACAU